AAAAAUCAAUAAAAAUUUUCAUUUUCACUAGUGCUGUAUUGUAUUGUAUGAAGAAAUUUUGUUAAACAAAUUAGCUCAAUAAUUAAUGGCGUUUAAAGUGAAUUAAUUAAACAAUUGUAUACGAAUACAUAAGCUAUAAGAAGAGUGGUUUGCUACGCCCAUUUUGACCGAAUACGCUAGAGUCGCAGAAAGAAAUUGAAAUUAUUGUUUAAGAAGCCGUCGUGUCGAAGUCGCGAUCGGUGUCUACCCUUUCGAUGCUGUAAUCUUCUAUAAAUCUUAAAUCAAGACGUAUUUGUUAACAUUGCGGUCGCCAGUUGGAAGUAUUAAAUCAAAAGUAAGCCGUACCAAUUAAAUAAAAGUGUGCAUUCGUUAAAGUUGAUUUUGUUACAACUUUUUCGCCUUCGUCAUCGCUUAAUGCAGUUAGGGGCGUUCAGCUAAAAGUCGAUAGAGUCGUGGACCGAUUUCAACGCACAGCAAAUCACUGCUUUGUUAAUCAGUCAGUCGCUAGUAAAGUCAAACUACAGCAACUCGGUGGGCAUCUUAUCUGCCUUGAUUGCUGCUGUCGUCUCUGCGUUUGUCAGCAAGCUCAUCGGCACAAAUACUCCAAUACGAAGGUUUCGCCGUAUUUUAAAAAUAUUUGUUCUCAUUCAGCGUAAACUUUAAGCAUCAGCCUCUGCAGCAUCACCAAAAUUUACGGAAUAUUGUUGUUCAACCUAAAAGCAAAGGUUUCUUGUCGCAGCGGAUUUGCAGUAAAUCAGCGAAAAUUAAUAAAUUAACCACAAUGGCACCUGUGCGGGGGGACGGUAUGAGAGGUUUGGCGGUUUUUAUAUCGGAUAUAAGAAACUGCAAAAGUAAAGAGGCCGAAGUGAAGCGCAUCAAUAAGGAGCUCGCCAAUAUACGUAGCAAAUUCAAAGGUGACAAGACGCUCGAUGGCUAUCAGAAGAAAAAGUAUGUGUGUAAGCUAUUGUUCAUAUUUCUGCUGGGACAUGACAUCGACUUUGGCCACAUGGAGGCGGUCAAUUUACUCUCUUCAAACAAAUAUUCCGAAAAACAAAUUGGCUACCUAUUUAUUUCGGUCUUGGUGAACACCAAUAGCGAUUUAAUACGCUUGAUCAUACAGUCGAUCAAAAAUGACUUGCAAUCGCGUAAUCCUGUGCAUGUGAACUUGGCACUGCAGUGUAUUGCUAAUAUCGGCAGUCGUGAUAUGGCAGAAUCUUUCUCGAAUGAGGUACCAAAAUUAUUGGUAUCUGGCGACACAAUGGAUGUUGUCAAACAAUCGGCGGCGCUUUGUUUACUACGUCUGUUCCGCUCCAGUCCCGAUAUAAUACCAGGCGGCGAAUGGACUUCACGUAUCAUACACUUGCUCAGCGAUCCACAUAUGGGCGUGGUAACUGCGGCCACUUCAUUGAUUGAUGCGCUGGUUAAGCGCAAUCCCGAGGAGUAUAAAGGUUGCGUAAAUCUAGCCGUUUCGCGCCUCUCACGCAUCGUUACAGCCAGUUAUACAGAUUUACAAGAUUACACAUAUUAUUUUGUGCCGGCGCCAUGGUUGUCAGUGAAAUUGUUGCGUUUGCUGCAAAACUACAAUCCGGUUACUGAGGAGCCCGGUAUGCGUGCACGUUUAAAUGAGACGCUGGAGACUAUCUUGAAUAAGGCGCAAGAGCCGCCGAAGAGUAAAAAAGUGCAACAUUCGAAUGCCAAGAACGCUGUGUUGUUCGAGGCUAUUAACUUAAUUAUCCAUAGUGACAGCGAGCCGAAUUUGUUGGUGCGCGCCUGCAAUCAGUUGGGGCAGUUUUUGAGUAACCGCGAGACGAACUUGCGUUAUUUGGCAUUGGAGUCGAUGUGCCAUUUGGCUACUUCGGAGUUCUCGCACGAGGAAGUGAAGAAACAUCAGGAGGUGGUCAUAUUAUCGAUGAAGAUGGAAAAAGACGUUUCGGUACGACAAAUGGCCGUCGAUUUAUUGUAUGCGAUGUGCGAUCGCGGCAAUGCUGAGGAAAUCGUGCAAGAAAUGCUCAACUACUUGGAGACAGCUGACUAUUCCAUACGCGAAGAAAUGGUGCUUAAAGUGGCUAUAUUGGCUGAGAAAUACGCUACUGAUUACACUUGGUAUGUGGAUGUCAUACUCAAUCUUAUACGUAUUGCUGGCGAUUACGUUUCCGAGGAAGUGUGGUAUCGUGUCAUACAGAUCGUGAUUAAUCGCGAAGAAGUGCAAGGCUAUGCAGCCAAAACUGUUUUUGAGGCGCUGCAAGCGCCCGCUUGUCAUGAGAAUAUGGUUAAAGUAGGCGGUUAUAUUUUAGGCGAAUUUGGCAAUCUGAUCGCCGGUGACUCACGCUCCGCACCGCUCGUACAAUUCAAAUUGUUACACUCGAAAUAUCAUCUUUGCUCACCGAUGACACGCGCAUUGUUGCUAUCCACCUAUAUUAAAUUCAUCAAUCUAUUCCCUGAGAUACGCACCAACAUACAGGAAGUGUUCCGCCAACAUAGUAAUUUACGCUCAGCCGAUGCUGAGUUGCAACAGCGUGCAAGUGAAUACUUGCAACUAAGUAUUGUGGCAUCGACGGAUGUCUUGGCAACGGUGCUGGAGGAGAUGCCCUCGUUCCCCGAGCGUGAAAGUUCGAUUUUGGCCGUUUUGAAGAAGAAGAAACCUGGCCGUGUGCCCGAAAAUGAGAUACGCGAAUCAAAGAGUCCAGCACCAAAUGCUUUGGCGCAGAAUAAUGUAAUCGUAAAUCACAAAGUAAAUAGCAAUGCCAAUGCAGACUUGUUGGGUUUGAGCACACCGCCAGCUGGUAUGAAUAACACUGGCGGCAGUGGCACUUUAAUCGAUGUACUGGGCGAUAUCUAUGGCAAUAACAAUGCGGCGACUUACAACACCAAGAAGUUCCUUUUCAAGAAUAACGGUGUACUUUUUGAAAACGAAAUGCUGCAAAUCGGUGUGAAGAGCGAAUUUCGUCAAAACCUGGGGCGUUUAGGUUUAUUUUAUGGCAAUAAGACACAAAUACCUUUGACGAAUUUCAUGCCAGUACUACAAUGGAGCGCAGAUGAAGCAUUGAAACUUAAUGUACAAGUGAAACCCGUCGAUCCCACACUGGAAGCUGGCGCACAAAUUCAGCAACUACUCACCGCUGAAUGCAUUGAGGACUACGCGGAUGCACCCACAAUCGAGGUGAAUUUCCGCUAUAAUAAUGUGCCACAGAAAUUCAGCAUAAAGUUGCCGCUGACUUUGAAUAAAUUUUUUGAACCCACGGAAAUGAAUGGCGAGUCAUUUUUCGCACGUUGGAAAAAUUUAGGCGGCGAACAACAAAGAGCACAAAAGGUCUUCAAGGCACAGCAGCCAUUGGAUCUGCCGGGUGCGCGUAAUAAGCUCAUGGGUUUCGGCAUGCAAUUAUUGGAAAAUGUGGAUCCUAAUCCCGAUAAUAUGGUGUGUGCGGGCAUUAUACACACACAAACGCAACAGGUGGGCUGUCUGUUGCGACUGGAGCCGAAUAAGCAAGCGCAGAUGUUUCGUCUUACUAUACGCGCCAGCAAAGAAACCGUCACCCGCGAAGUAUGUGAUCUACUCUCAGAUCAAUUUUAAAGCAAACUGAAAAAUAUGAACGACCUUCUAUGCGUAGGCUAAAAAGUAAAUAUUCAAUAAUAAAAACAAAAACAAAAAACAAUCUUAACUGAUUAAGACACUACUUGAGCGCUUGCAUAGGCUGCGGUUAUUAUGAUUAUUAAGCAAAGUACAGACAGAGAUACAAAAUGGCAUAACGAAAAUUAUAAGAAAUAAACUAUUAUCUCCUAUUUAGCACAAUUCACAAAUCUAAAGGCAACACUUUUUAUCAAUAUAUAUACAUAAAAAGCGUAUAUAAAAAACAAAAAAUUUCCAAUGUAUGAACAAUUGUAUAGCUUUUGCAAACCAACAUUAGCAUAACAAAUUGUGUGAACAGUUUUUUUGAUUACAAAAAAGUAAUUCGUUUUCCAUGUGUACGUGUGUGCGUGUGAAAGUGUUACGAAAAUUCGCGGAUCGUUAAAACUACGUUUAAAUAACGCCAGAUCCACAAUUGAAUGAUUGACAGUUAAAUGUUUGUUUACCAUUCAUGCUGA